GCAAGAAAACGUUUCGUCGUUAUUCAUCGGUGACCGACCCUGUCGUCGUUGUCCGGCGCUAGGUUGCUUAUAUCCGUCACUGUCACGUGUCAAUUUAGAUCGGCGCUUCCCUCCCCGAGGAGGAGAGACGUGUAAAUCUCGGGGAGUCACGCGAGAGAGCUGCUAACGGCCGCGCUGCUCUACUACGUCGAUCGCGACAGACAGGCACAUACACGCAUACGCACACAGUGUAAAUUUUGUAAUUAUAUAUAUUAAGAGCUUGUCAGUAGCAUGCGAGCAUCUACGCGUUCGCUCUUUCGUCGCAUCCAUUGUCUAUUGUCUGCCACGUUUACGCGUUCUCCUUUCUAGUUCACUUUCCCGUUGCACGCUUCUCGAAUUAACCCUUUCAGAGACGCAUCUUAUCCCGCGCGCUUCUCUCUCUCUCUCUCUCUCUCCUCUUCUCGUGUCAGUGAAAUUAUAAACGAAUAAGUAAAUCGUUACGGGCGUAUCGCGAGGAUCACGCAACCAAGUAUCGUAAUUUCUUACAUAUUUUCCAAAUGGCUUUAAUUUAUAUAACAUGUGCUUACUUAUGAGGAAUUCAUGGAAUACUAACUGCGUGCUUCGAGUUUCGAUGUAUUUACUUUCAAUGAUGCCUUUUUGAUGGCAACGAAACGAGGGGAAGGAAAGGUAAAAGUAACAUGAUAAAGUAGAAUUUGCGCAACUAACAAAACACUUGAUCAAAAAUAAUUUUUUUUACUUUAGAUUUCAGAUUCAACAUAGAUUUAAUAAUCAACAGACGAAUUUAAAAUAGACCCAACAAUCUUUAAAUUUAUUCCAUUGUCAUUUCAUAUUUUCUUCUAUCAAUAUUAUGGUAAUGAUGUUUUCCGCUUAUAUGCAUCGAACGAUUUUUCUAGUUAUAAAUCUUCUUGUUUAGUUUACGUUUUGAAAUUUAUGGUUUAACAUUACAAUUGUAGAAUGGAUCCGGUGAAUAUAUCGCGAGCACGUGCAUCCUAUAAACCAUCAGAAUCGUUUCGAGGAUCGCACAAAGAAUUCAUGAUUUCUAGUCUAUCGUUUUGCUGGCAGCGAUCCGAGAUCGACGAUGGUAUGUCGACGAUGCGACAGGUGCAUCGGACGCGCGCUAAAACGCAUCGGCAGGAACAAAAAAAAGGUACCCUGGACCGACUUGUCACCGAAUUCUGGCCCAGCAUUCCAGGUCAUCGACGCAGCGUCGCUCGCUUUCGAAUGCCUCGAUCGAGAAUACCAUCGUCUUGGAACUGUCUCGUCAUCAUCAUUUGGAAUUAUCUUUCUCCGGCGCUGUGCGUUCCGAAUAUUCCUCGCAUUCUUCAAAAGGUAACUUUCUCGAUAUCUGGAUAAAAUAGAUGUACAAGUUGGAUACAUUCUGACAAAUGGAUAUUCCUCUUGCUACCAGAUUUUACAUUUAU